AUGGAGUCAAUGAAGAUGAAGAUUUUCUUGGUAGCCAUGGUGGUGGCCAUGAUGAUGGCCGCACAAAAUGUGGCUGCUGACGUGGAGGCUCCAGCCCCGGGCCCCUCUGCUGACGCCGCCACAUUUGUCCCGGCUGUGUUUGCUUCUGUUGUUGCCGCCGCCUUCGGCGUAAACAUUGAGGAGGAGGAGGAGGAGGAGGAAGGGUAUGCUGUUUAUGUUUUAAGAUAA